AUGGUUGGUCUAAAAUUACCAGCUGCUCCUCUGAAGCUUAAAGCACCUAGGUAUUGUGGGCACUGUAAUGCAAAAAAAUUUCAGCAUGAAUCACUGCAUUUCUGUUGUGGAAAUGGAUCAAUUGAAUUAGCAACUAAUGAUUAUCCUCCUGCAUUAUAUAGACUCUUAACAUCUGAUGAAGAUGAUGCACUGCACUUUAGACAAUAUAUCCGCUUAUAUAAUAACUUAUUUGCAUUUAGCUCAUUGGGUGGCAAGUAUGAUGUAGACACAGAAAAAGGAAUUUAUGUCUUUAAAUUGCAUGGCCAGAUUUACCAUAACUUUCCUGAUUUAAUCCCUGGUGAUAAAGGUCCCAGAUAUUUGCAGCUCUAUUUUUAUGAUGGCCAAUUUGAAGCAACUGCUAGGAAAGACUGCUUUAAACAGAUUAGACAGCAUAUUAUAAAUAUACUUAUGGAGGUAACUGAGCAUAAUCCAUACGCUCGUUUUUUCAGAUCUUUGAGAGAAAUUGACAUUGAAGAAGACACACAAAUUUUGAUCAACAAAAACACUGUUGUAGACCAACGCACCUAUAAUGCUCCUACAACAGAUGAGGUGGCUGUGAUCUGGCCUGACGAUACAUCGUCAAGUGAGUCCAGCAGCCCAUACAUUGUUGUAAGAGGAAAAUCAAACGAUCCUCAUCGUAUAUACCAUCAUUACGGAUGUUAUGAUCCUCUGCAGUACCCACUCUUAUUUCCUUAUGGUGAUUGUGGUUGGAGUCAAGGUAUAACUAAAAAAAGCGGCGCAUCUCAGGAGCAAGGAAACUCUGCUAUGGCCUCUGCAAUACAUACAGAGGAACAUAUGCUCGAACAGGCUGCAAUACACAUAGAGGAAAAUGUGCUUGAACAUGAAGCAACACGUCUAGCAGAUGCAAGUGGUACUUCAGCUAGGCAUAUUUUGCCUCGUGAAUAUUAUGCUUACAAGCUGCAAUCUCGGCCAAACAACAUGCUUCUUAGAGCAGGUCGGUGUCUUCAGCAAUAUAUAGUCGAUAUGUAUGUGAAGAUUGAAAAUACUCGCCUAGAUUUUUUCCGACACAAUCAACAUGCAAUCAGAGCUGAUUUGUACCAGGGGAUCUUAGACUCAAUUGAGAGUGGCGAAACAAAUCCCAUGAAUGUUGGUCGGCGAGUUAUAUUACCUCCAACUUUUAUUGGUGGUCCACGAGACAUGAAGCGCCGCUACUUAAAUGCAAUGGCUUUGGUUCAGCGAUUCGGUAAGCCAGAUUUGUUUGUCACAAUGACUUGCAAUGCUAAUUGGCCAGAGAUUAAGGCAGAACUGGCUCCUGGGGAAGCAGCGCAAAACCGACCAGAUCUUGUUGCUCGUGUUUUCCGGGCAAAGUUGAUCUGCUUGAAAAAACAAAUAAUGAAGAAGCAUAUUUUUGGAAAAGUUGCUGCUAUGAUAUAUGUGGUUGAAUUCCAAAAAAGGGGCCUACCUCAUGCACACUUUCUCAUUAUCUUAAAACUAGGCUGCAAGAUCCAAAAUCCUACAGAUUUUGAUCGCUUUGUCUCUGCAGAGCUGCCACCUGACAGCUCCCCAGAACUUCGGAAGAUUGUGGGUUUCUUUCAAUGUGGUUGGUACAGAAAAAAAAAUUAUGAAGAUGAAAUAGAGAGGUUUCAGUCUGGACGAUGGGUGUCACCAUGUGAGGCAGCUUGGCGAAUUUUUUCCUUUGAUCUCUUUGAGAUGUACCCACCUGUGCAACAAUUGGCAGUGCAUCUGGAAAACAUGCAAACUGUUCAAUUACGUGCUCAUGAACAGUUAGAUUCUGCCAUGCUAAAUGAGCGUAAAUCCAAAACUCAAUUGUCAGAAUUUUUUAAGGCAAAUGCAGCCUCACCUCAAGGUACAGGAUACCUUUACAGCGAAUUUAUAGAGCACAACAGAUGGGAUGCCGGUAAGAAAAGAUGGUUUCAAUGGCAAAACAAGAAACUUGUGGUUGGUCGGCUGGCAAGUGUGACACUAGCAGAAGGAGAGCGAUUUUUCUUACGGUUGUUGCUUGUUAAUGUACGCAGCCCUAAGUCAUUCACUGACCUUCGGACUGUUAAUGGAUUACUUUGCGCCACUUUUCAAGAAGCAGCUAUUAAAAGAGGCUUAUGUGAAGAAGACAAUGUUGUUCAUGCAUGCUUGGCUGAAGCAGCAGAAAUACACUUGCCAGGAGCCUUACGGCGCUUAUUUACAGUUGUUUGUGUGUUCUGCAACCCCACUGACCCAAAUAGACUGUGGCAGCGAUUCUACAAUGACCUAUCUGAUGAUUACAGGCAUGCUGAUCCUGGGAGCGAAUUCCGUGUUAAGUUGCUGACUAUAUAG